AUGGCGGACGCAAAGCCGCCCACGCCGCCCGAGCAGGCUCCCGCCCCUGCGGCGCCGACUCCUACCCCAUCCACGACAACUACACAACCUUCCGCCGCCGCUUCCGCUGCCGAAGCCUACAAGGCCCCGAAACCGAACCCGGUCUGGCAGAUGAUGGGCCUCCGCGGGCCCCCCAAGCGCCUGCCCUCGCGCAACUGGAUGAUCUUCCUCUCCAUCACCGCCGCCUUCUCCGCCGCCAUCAUCUAUGACAAGCGCGAGAAGAAGCGCGCAACCGCCCGCUGGGCCCGCGCCGUCGCCCCUCUGGCCAAGGAACCCGUCACGAACCCGUCCCAGAUGCCCCGGAAGCUCACCGUGCUUAUCGAGGCGCCUCCCGGCGACGGCCUUCGCGUUGCGCAGGACCACUUCCUCGAAUACAUCAAGCCCAUUCUCGCCGCCUCCGGCCUGGACUGGGAGUUCGUUCAGGGCAGGCAGCAGGGUGACGUCCGCGCGGCCGUCGCGGAGAAGAUCCGCCGCAAGAGGUCCCUCGAGGAGAGACCCGACGUCGAGCUACUCCCUACCGAAGAGAACAUCCGCGACGCCAUCCGCCAGAAGAAUGGUGUUGCCGAGUACGACGGCCCCGGCGGCGACCUCGUCAUCGGCAGGCACACUUGGAAGGAGUACAUCCGCGGCUUGCACGAGGGCUGGCUCGGUCCCCUUGACCCGCCCCCGAAGCCGGAAGAGGCCCCUAAGCCCGACGCUGAAACACCGGCGGAAGGCGGAGAGGGUGAAAAGAAGGAGGAGGAGAAGAAGGAACCCGAGGAAGAGAAGAAACCCGCCCGACCGCCCCAGCCCGUCCCGUACAAUACUACAAACGACUAUCCCACCGCCCACCUCCCGCUCAUGAUUCCCUCCGAGUUUUCUCCCUCGCAACCCGUCGACUUCCCCCACCUCCUCGGCUUCGGUGGCACCUUCACCCGUCUUGGCCGCUUCUUCACCCGUCGCCGCCUUGCGGAUGAUAUUGGCCGCGAGGUAGCGGCAGUGUGCUUCGCGCACGCACGCGAGUGGCGUGAGGACCGUUCCGACCUCGAGCAGCCGUACGAGCAGCAGCAUGUCCUGGAGAGCGCGGAGCGUGACUGGGUCAAGAGCGCAUGGAAGACCCCCGACCAGGCGCGGGAUGACGAGGAGCGCGCGGAGCUGUCGACGGAGCGCAUCUGGACCUCGCCCAUCGUCAUCGACCCGCGCAUCGGCACCCGCAUGCGCCGUUUCGAGAUCAGACCCGAGGAUGAGGAGCGCGCCAGACAGAUCGAGGUUCCUGAGACCGAGGUUGAGGGCUGGAUCAAGGGAAGCCUGAGGUCCCUGGGACGUUGGAGUUGGGAGCUCGUCAAGGGAGAGGAGCGCAAGGGCCCCAACGUGGGUAAUGUUGACGAGGAGUAA